AUGAACACCCAAGUGAAUGGACCUGAUGGUAUCAUAGUGAUGUUGAACAAGCUUCAUAGCUACACCUACAUGCUUGGUAUUAGCGUCGAUGGCAUUGGAUAUACCCUCUUGCAAAUAAUUGCAUUCGUUAUAUCAUACGUAUUAGCCACCGCGGCAGGUGCAGGAAUUGGUGCUAGCAUAGAUUUCAAAGAUCAUGUUGAUGGAAAAUUUAGUAUGAGCUAUUACAAUGAUGAAUUUGUGUCAGCUGGAAAAUUAAGUACGAGCUAUUUCAAUAAUGGACUUGUAUCAACUGGCUUCCUUCUCCUCGCAUUUGUGUGCACUGCUUCAUUGUCACACUACAAAAAACGCGAGCUAUAG